CUAUGCUUCACGCAGAGUUACGAUCCCACGUUCCGGGGAUCUUCACCCUCAAUCUCUCCAUCUCCAACGUCGUCCUCGCUCUCGUCAACAUGCCGGCCACUUUUCUCGGCGUGGCCAGCAGCGCGAAGCCCCUCGGGGACCCGCUGUGUCGCGCCGUGAGUUUCACCGAGACCUUCGUCAACGCCAUGCUGAGCAUGGCCGCGCUCAGCGUGGACACGUGGGUGGCGGUGGUGUUUCCUCUCAGGUACUCCAGCAAGAUGCGCCACCGGGACGCGCUUGUGAUCGCGUCCUGCUCCUGGCUCCACUCCCUCGCUUUUUCCCUGAUCCAGCUGUCGAUGGGCUGGGGGGCGUACAGCCGCACGUACGCCUCGUGCACGCUGCACCUGGACGCUGAGACGGCGUCGCGUCGGAGCGCCUAUGUCGCCUUCACGGCGCUGUUCCACUGCAGCAGCUUCGCGCUCUGCCUCUUCGUCCUCUGCUUCGCCUACCUGAAGGUUCUGAGAGAGGCCCGGUCGCAAGAGGAUAGAUGUCGUCACAGUGCAAGCUCUGCUCCUGCUGGUGGAUAUUCACCCCAGUGUAAAGGAGAGGUGUCUGGCCCAACAAAGGAUGAGAAGGCGGCGAGCUGCCAAGAAAAUCUGCACCUUCAUCGGUUCCUUCAUGAUCUGCUUUUCGCCGUAUGUCAUAACGAGGCUUGUAGAAUUGUUGCCCUCGGUGGAUGUGCCCCGUCAUUGAGGCAUUGCUACCAAAUGCCUGGUCUACGCCAAGGCAUCCAGCGAUUCAUUCGUUCACUGUCUUCUGCGACACCAGUACAGGAAGGUCCUGGUGAGCGUCAUCUGCCGCAUGGGCAGAUGUUAUGUUUGGAGAGGAGCCGGAAGAGGUCAAGGCCUAGUCCAGGGAGGUCACUUGAACAAAGACGAAGUAAACCUUGGAGUGUGCCAGACCCCACCGCUGUCUGCGUGGCUGCAACGUCAAUGGGCGGAAAAACUAAAGCGUCCUGCUUAUCGCAAUCUUGAAGUGUCUCUUGAGUGAUGUGACAGUGAAUUUUGUAAGAGACUGUUGGAAAAAUGUCACAGCUGAUAUUAUUUCUUCUUUUAAUUGUUAUAGUUGUGCACAAAAUGAAAGUAAAUGUGUGAAGCUAUUAAAUCCCAGCAAGAAGGCGAUUUAAGCGCCCCACCCCCACAGCCAGAGUCACGCUGAGUCAGGCAUGAGCUCAUCAAACAGGCAUUAUGUGACUCAUUAUGCUCCAGUUGUCACCGCUUGUGAAAGUGAACCCAAUGCAGAGUUUUAAUAAAAA